CUAUGAAAGGGCCUGUUCAGUUAUACGCGGAGGACCCCGAGUGGAUAUUGUGGAGUCAGGCAGUGAGCUGGGUUGCUGUAGCGGGGGUCCUGGUAGUUGUCCGGACGGUGACAUUGCGAAUAUGGCGGACGCGGCUCGGAGGCUGAUGCAGAACCUGGUGACCCGGGGCCCGAAACUCGCCCUCGGUAACUGCCUAGAGGCCCGCCCGCCCGCUCGCUCGCUCGCUCACUCACUCACUCACCUGGAUGCCCUGAGGAACACACUGGUGGUCACUGAAAUUGUGAUGUGGUUUUACAUUGGCGAGGUCAUUGGUCGACGAAGCUUGAUUGGAUAUAAAGUCUGAACUAUGCUCUGUGUUGAACCAGCAUUCCAUUGUAAAUGAAUGAAUAAUAUUUCAAAUUAAAUAAAACCAUUAUUAGGACUUCAAA